AGCACAGACUGUCAUCCAGGCAGCUCGAAGCUCCGGUGGCCUUUCCUUCCUCGGGAAGAGAAAGAGCGAGGAAGUUGGACUACUUGCUACAGCUACACAUCUGUAUGAGGGACCUAACACUCACAAGCGUCGCCCUGAACAUACAUUUCACAGUUUAAAGGAUACGAGUCUAGUGUGGUCGUGCUGACCGGAGGUAAACCAUGGAGGAUGGGAAGCCAGUUUGGGCGCCCCACCCCACCGACGGGUUCCAGCUGGGCAUGAUCGUUGACAUAGGAGCCGACACGCUUACCAUAGAGCCACUGAACCAGAAGGGCAAGACCUUUCUCGCUCCGAUGAGCCAAGUCUUUCCAGCAGAAGAUGAUGUAAACAAACUUGUAGAUGACAACUGUUCACUGAUGUACUUGAAUGAAGCCACUCUUCUCAACAACGUCAGAGUGCGGUACAAUAAAGACCACAUCUAUACUUAUGUGGCCAACAUCUUGAUAGCUGUGAAUCCUUACAAUGACAUCCCCAAACUCUAUGGAGCUGAAUCUCUAAAGUCGUACAGGGGGAAGUCCCUCGGAACUCUGCCCCCUCAUGUGUACGCUAUCGCUGACAAAGCGUACAGGGACAUGAAGGUCCUCAAGAUGAGCCAAUCCAUCAUCGUCUCUGGUGAAUCUGGCGCUGGAAAGACUGAAAACACCAAGUUUGUUCUGAGAUAUCUCACCACAACGUAUGGAAGUGGCCAAGAUAUUGACGAGAGAAUUGUAGAAGCCAAUCCCCUCCUUGAAGCCUUUGGGAAUGCAAAAACAGUCCGGAAUAAUAACAGCAGUCGCUUCGGGAAAUUUGUAGAAAUCCACUUCAAUGAAAAGAAUGCAGUUGUGGGAGGAUUUGUGUCGCAUUACCUGCUGGAGAAAUCAAGGAUUUGCAUGCAAAGUAGCGAAGAACGGAACUACCACAUCUUCUACAGGCUGUGUGCAGGGGCGUCCGAUGACAUAAAGAAGAGGCUGCACCUGGACUCUCCAGACAGCUUCAGGUACCUGAACCGGGGAUGCACCAGAUACUUUGCCAGUAAAGACUCUGAUAAACAGAUCAUGCAGAACAGGAAGAGUCCAGAGGACAAUAAGCAUCUGAAGGUGGGCGCUCUGAAGGAUCCUCUUCUGGACGACCAAGGAGACUUCAACAGGAUGUGUGGGGCCAUGAAGAAGAUCGGUCUGGAUGACACUGAGAAGCUGGACCUGUUCAGGGUGGUCGCUGGUGUUCUGCAUCUUGGCAACAUUGACUUUGAGGAAACAGGGAGCUCCUCAGGUGGUUGUGUCCUGAAGAAUCAGUCCGGUCAGACUCUGGAGUACUGCGCUGAUCUGCUCGGCCUGGACAAGGAUGAUUUGCGUGUCAGUCUCACAACCAGAGUCAUGCUCACAACAGCAGGGGGCGCCAAAGGAACAGUUAUCAAGGUGCCUCUGAAGGUGGAACAAGCAAACAAUGCCCGUGAUGCCCUGGCCAAGGCGGUGUACAGUCGCCUCUUUGAUCAUGUGGUGAAAAGAGUCAAUCAGUGUUUCCCCUUCAAGACCUCCUCCAACUUCAUCGGGGUGUUGGACAUAGCUGGGUUUGAGUAUUUUGAACAUAACAGCUUUGAGCAGUUCUGUAUCAAUUACUGCAACGAGAAACUGCAGCAGUUCUUCAAUGAGCGUAUCCUAAAAGAGGAGCAAGAGCUGUACCAAAAGGAGGGGCUGGGAGUGAAUGAGGUGCAUUAUGUUGACAACCAGGAUUGCAUAGACCUGGUGGAAGCAAAGCUGGUGGGAGUCCUGGAUAUUUUGGAUGAAGAGAACCGUCUUCCUCAGCCCAGUGACCAACACUUUGCUUUGGCUGUUCACAGCAAACAUAAAGACCACUUCAGACUAACGGUUCCUAGGAAGUCAAAGUUGACCAUUCACAGAAAUCUGCGGGAUGACGAAGGCUUUAUCAUCAGGCACUUUGCUGGAGCGGUCUGCUAUGAAACGACUCGUUUUGUGGAGAAGAACAAUGACGCCCUGCACAUGUCCUUGGAGAGUUUAGUGAGUGAAUCCAAAGACAAAUUUGUUCGGGAGCUGUUUGAGAACUCCAACACCGCCAAGGACUCCAAACAGAAAGCGGGCAAACUCAGCUUCAUCAGCGUUGGCAACAAGUUCAAGACUCAACUGAACCUGCUGCUGGAAAAACUUCGAAGUACUGGCUCAAGUUUUAUUCGCUGUGUCAAACCCAACCUGAAGAUGGUCAGCCAUCAAUUUGAAGGAGCUUUGAUUCUCUCGCAGCUGCAGUGCUCAGGCAUGGUGUCAGUGUUGGACCUGAUGCAGGGGGGUUUCCCCUCCAGAGCUCCCUUCCAUGAACUCUAUAACAUGUAUAAACAGUACAUGCCUGACAAGCUCACACGCCUGAAUCCACGACUCUUCUGCAAGGCUUUGUUCAAAGCUCUGGGCCUAAACGACAAUGACUUCAAGUUUGGAUUGACACGAGUGUUCUUUCGCCCUGGAAAGUUUGCAGAGUUCGACCAGAUCAUGAAGUCUGAUCCAGACCACCUGGCAGAGCUGCUGAAGAAAGUCAACACGUGGCUGUUGUGUAGCCGUUGGAAGAAGGUUCAGUGGUGCAGCUUGUCUGUCAUCAAACUUCGCAACAAGAUGAGUUACAGAGCUUCGGCUUGCAUCAAGAUUCAAAAGACCGUCCGCAUGUGGUUGUGUAAGAAGAAGCAUAAGCCCCGUAUUGACGGUAUGGUGAAGGUUCGUGGCCUGAAGAAGCACAUGGAGCGAUUCAACGAGGUGGUGAACGGGCUAAAGGAGGGCAAGCAGGAGAUGGCCAAAAAGGUCCAGGAGCUGGCUGCCUCCAUAGAUGCUCUGUCAGCAAAGAUAAAGUCUACAUUGAUGACCUGGAAAGAGAUUGACACUGAGUACCAGGGGCUGGUGAAACGCUCCGAGCAGCUGCUCUCCUCGAUGCAAAAGAAGAAGCAGGAGCAGGAAGAGAGCGAGAGGCUGAAACACAUCGAGGAGGAAAUGGAGAAAGAGAGGAAGAGGAGGGACAAAGAGGAGCAGAGGCGCAAACAGGAGGAAGCGGACAGGAGACUGAAAGCAGAGAUGGAGAUCAAGAGAAAGCUGGAGGAGGAGGAUAGAAAGAAGAGGGAGGGGGAAGAGAAAGUGAUCCAGGCCGAGUUGGAUAUUCAGCUGGCUCUGGAGCGCGAGGAGCAGGUCCAGCGCAGCGCGAUACUGGAGCAGGAGAGACGAGACAGAGAGUUAGCAAUGAGGAUCGCUCAGAGCGAGGCGGAGCUCAUCACAGAGGAAGGGCAAAUAGAUGCCAGCCUGCGCAGUGAUGACUCUCUUUCAGAUCUUCCUAUCUCUUCAUCCUCAGCCAGAGCCAUGGGUCCUCAGGUGCAGGCAACCAAAGCUGCUGCCGGUGUGAAAAAGUACGACCUCAGCAAGUGGAAGUAUGCUGAGCUGCGAGAUGUCAUCAACACUUCCUGUGACAUUGAGCUGCUGGCAGCCUGCAGAGAGGAGUUCCACCGGCGCCUGAAGGUCUAUCACGCGUGGAAGUCCAAGAACAAGAAACGCACUGAUGAUGGAAGCGAUCAAAGGGCUCCUAAAUCUGUCACUGACUACGCUGAACAGAACCCGGCUCCUCCCGUAACAGCUCAGCAUCAGGAAGUGGCCAUGAACCGCCAGCAGCGAUAUUUCCGCAUUCCUUUCAUCCGACCGGCCGACCAGUACAAAGACCCCCAGAACAAAAAGAAGGGCUGGUGGUACGCCCACUUCGACGGGCCCUGGAUAGCCCGACAGAUGGAGCUUCACCCGGACAAACGGCCGAUCGUUUUAGUCGCAGGGAAAGACGAUAUGGAGAUGUGCGAGCUCAGUCUGGAGGAGACGGGUCUGACCAGGAAAAGAGGGGCGGAGAUCCUGCCCAGGCAGUUUGAAGAGAUCUGGGAACGCUGUGACGGAAUCCAGUACCUCAAGAGAGCCAUCGAGAACAAGCAGGCCCGGCCCACGCACGCCACCGCCAUGCUUCAGAGUCUCCUCAAGUGACCCAGAACGGAGAGAUAAACGCAUGCAUGUCCUGAAACAUGACACUGAUACACAGACUCCCAAACCUGCACGUUCAGAGCAGCACUGUGUACCUGCGGUUUGUGGGAUGGAGGGAAAGAUGCUCUGUAUACAACCUUACUGUAGCCACUCAGUGUUUCACUGAGGCUUGUCCUUUUUCAUUUCCUGUAUUUUGUUUAUUUUGACUUUUUAUAUCUGGAUUUUGGUGUGUUACACCGGUUUGGUGUAGAAUAAGCAUUUGUGUGACGUCUCUUUCUGAAUCUAUUCUUGAAUGUAUGAAUCCACCAGGAGGCCUUACACUGCAACAAACUGCACUACACCACAGAAGUCUUAACUAUUUUCUCGCCCUUCUAGCUGUUAAUAUUAAACCUAAAUGCUCUACAACUGGGACAAAGAGUUAGACUUUCUAAGAAAAUCUGAAGAUCUACUUUUAAAUGCAAUGUUUAAAGUCUUCUAGGCAUAAAUUCUCUGAUUACUAUAAUUAAAUUAAUUAAAUCUAAUUUACGGCUUAAAGAACUAAAGACAUGUUUUAUUGUACAUUUAUAAAUGUAUGAGACUGUCUGUUCUGCUCAGAGUAAUCACAGAAUCAACAUCUUGUAAUGUUUAUAAUUUAAUAACUUUUUCAUGUCUGAACUUUAUAAAAGUAAGAAAUCCAUAUUCAUAAAUAUGUUUGCUACAUGACACAUGCCACAUGGUUUAUAACAAUUUCUAUUAACCCAUCUGUUACUUUGCUCCUUCAUUAACACCUCCGUUCACUGUUAAAAUCCUCCGAUAGUGAACUUGUUUUUUGUAUUUGUUAUGCAAAAAGGAAAUGUAGACGUUUUCAUGUUUGCAGUUUUGUGGGUUUGGGGUUCUUUUACAGAAAAACAAUGUAAUGUGUGUGUGUGUGUGUGUCUGUGUUAUGUGUGUCAUGUAAUAUUCUAUCGAGCAAAUAAAUGUCAUGACUGCCCCUGUUUUAGGUUUUACAGACAGUUACAGUAGCCAACUGUGAGUUUUUAUUCACUUUAAAACCUUCCCUCUUGGAUCUGGUUGUUUGUUUGCCUUUACACCUGAAUACAGUAGAACAAUAAACAAAACGCCCGGA